AUGCACAACAAAGCCUACGGGGAAAGCAUACACCGUGAAAAUAUUUUGCAGCAACCCAGCCCAGGCCUUAAUAAGGAUGUUAUCUUAAAAGCCCUUAAAAGAGACCAAGAUAAAGUGCUUAACCCAAGAAUACAGCCUUUCACGAGUGUGAUAAAUGCGUACGACUCCCUAAUACCGUAUCACAUUUUCAUCUCCCCAACAUACGAUGAUCUCAUAUACCAGAGCGUGAACAGGGUCCCAGAGGCGCACGACAUGACUGAGUCUCUGAGCGAGCUAGCACGGAUCCUGUGCACGGAGGAAAGCUCAGCAGAUGAGCUGACUGUAAUGGAGGAGAGGCUGAAAGUGGAGGAGGAAAGAUACUAUCUGAACAAAACCAUAAAUUACAAGAACACAAAGAUAAAAGAUAUUAAAGAGCGAUUUUUAAGAGACUAA